UUUUGUCCCCCCGGCGCGAUGCAUUGUGGGUGGGUCAGGAAGAGCCAGUGGAGGACGCCAUGUGCUUCUGCUAGAGGAGGUCUGACAGUCAGUUUCACACUGAGAGAGUUGUGUUUUGGGAUCUGGCCUGUCGUUUUGUAGCGUUCACUGAACGGUUAGUCGUGCUCAUGAUGUACUGCAGCAGAUACUGCGUCUGGAUCGCGCUGCGGACCGCGGCAAACACACACCGACACAACCUACAGAGGGCAGCACUGUGUGCCCUGCGAACACUCAAGACCAGCACUGUCAGGCCAUCUGAUGCCAUUGCAACACCUCAGCUUGAUGGGACACCCAAGCAGUACUCUCCCAAAAUCCAACAGCUGGUCAAUGACAUCGCCAACCUCAAGCUCAUAGAAGUGUCUGACCUCAAUGAAUUACUAAAGAAAACUCUGAACAUUCAGGAUGUUGGAAUGAUGCCCAUGGGCUCAAUGGCAGCAAUAGCAGCUGCUCCUGCUGCUGAGGCAGUAGAGGAGGAGUCGGCACCUGCAAAGAAAGAGAAAACCCAUUUUACAAUCAAACUGACAGAAUUCAAAGCGGCUGACAAAGUGAAACUGAUUAAAGAAGUGAAGAAUUGCAUGGAGGGCCUGAAUCUUGUACAGGCCAAGAAGCUUGUAGAGUCUCUACCUCAGGAGAUCCGGGCGAAUGUGUUUAAAGACGAAGCAGAGAAACUGAAAGCAGCACUAGAAGCAGCAGGAGGCACUGUGGUGCUGGAGUGAAUGUCUGCGUGCUGGCCCUUCACUUGAUCACUUGUUACCUGUCAGUCAUCGUUUUGUUCUGUUUU